GUGGUCACGACGUCUAGUCUCGCCAAGCAGUGUCUCACCAUUAUCCCAUUCCUAGGAGCUUCCCACCUGGCCAGAACCCGCUUCCAUUGUUUACGAAGGGACACGUCGAUCAUUCGAACCCCUCCUUUACUAGGCACUUACAAAACCACCGACGACGACCAUGACGAGCACAGAUCCGGAGCUGGCCACCAAGGCACCUGAGAGCGAUGCCCAGGAAGAUGUCCAGAAAGAUGCUACCACCGAGACGUCGGCUGCUGCCGCCCCUUCCACCACCACCGCAGCUCCUACAGAGGAGUCGGCAUCCCAACCUAAGAUGUGCGAUGACUGCGUGACAGACAGGCCCACCCCCAGCGGCCCAGGCCCAACAGGAGAGAUCAGGAAGCUGAACGACGUUGACGCCUACAUCUCCAAGCCGUCCGACUACCCACACGCACCCGCCCGCCUUCUCCUCCUCCUGACCGGCGGGACUGGCCUGAAGUCGACCAACAACCAGAUCCAGGCCGACAGGUUCGCGAGCGAGGGCUUCGUGGUGGUGAUGCCCGACCUGUUCGAGGGCGACGUCGCGCCCAACUCGGCCACGGUCGACGAGGAGCAAGCCACGCAGGGCGGCUCGUUCCUCGACAACUUCAAGAUCAAGGCCGUCGAGGGCGUCAAGAGCUUCAUGAUCGACAUGUGGCUGGCCCGCCACACCGAGGAGAAGGUCCUGCCCAUCCUGCACAAGGUCAUCGACGGCGCCAAGGACGAGUUCGCCGACGCUGUCAGCAACGGCGGCGGGGUCUACGCGGCGGGAUACUGCUUCGGCGGGCGCUAUGUCCUGCUCCUGGCUGCGGAGAGAAAGGAGCAGGCUGGUGGCGCCGGGCUGCUGGGUGGUGCGCAGAAGCCUGCGGAUGAGGAGGCUGGGCCCAAGACUACCGGGCCGUAUAUCAAGGCUGGCGCGCUGGCGCAUGCGACGCUGGUGGCACGGGAUGACUUUGAGGGGCUCAAGGCUCCUCUUAGCUUUGUGUGUGUUGAGAAUGAUCCUCUCUUCCCGGAUGAUGUACGCACGGCGGGCGAGGACGCCAUGUCAAAGGCCAAUGUUGAUCACGAGGUCCAGGUCUACCCCGGGGUCCCACAUGGAUUCGCUGUUGUCGGGGACUACGAAGAUGCCACCAUCAAGACCGCGCAGGGCACAGCUUUUGACCAGAUGCUGAAGUGGCUGAAGGACCACUGAGGUCGAUAUCGCCUUGUCCUCGUUGAGGUCGACGGGGAGGUGUUACGGCGUUUUCAGGUGUUUGGCCGACAACCAAGAAUUUCUCGUGUCUUCUGAGCUCAUUGCAUAGUUUUAGGAAGCCUUCUCGGGUGAAUAUACCUCUCGUCGCGGUUCGUGCAGCCAAACAUGCGCAGUUCUCUGCGGUGAUGUGAUCCCAGCUGCUGUCGGUAGCAGCAGUACGAGGUCGUCAACAACUCUCAGCCAUACGUUCACAAGCCUUGCCGUCACUAACUUGUAGCAAUAUAUUUGCAAUUUUCACGGGACCCAGAAAAGCUGGCCGAGAAAAC